AUGGAGGACCGACAAUCACAAACCUCACCAGGCACUCCCAAGUCGCCAGACAAACCGCAUAGACAUGGCGGGGCGAUGGCCGAAGCAAUGGCAACUCGCACGCCUAUCCGCAGAGACUCCUUCGACCGACCAAAUGGCUUCCCUCUCCCCAUGCUCGACUCGACGCCUCGCCGUUUCAGCACUGGCGCCAAUGCCAUCCCGAUGCCGGCGCCGCAAGUCUUCGCUGCACAAAUAGCAGCAGAAGCAGAACUGGAUGAGAAACGGAGUCAGCGCAAAGACGCCCAGGACAUCGAGACCGCACUGAACAAGUUCCAAUUUUACAGCCAAACGCCGAGUAUUGCUCGUCUGGCUGCGUUGACGAGUCCUUGCUACUUCCACAAGAGGUUUGGUGAUGCGGUGGAUAUUGAGAAAGUGCUCGAGGAGAUCAAGGGCGAUGAUCAAUUAUCGCACAGUCGGCUUAUGCAGACUGCGGCGAGUGUGCGGGAAGUCAGUCGACAGUUGCAGAGAAGACCGUUGAAGAGGGCUGUACGGAAUGUCAUGGUCAUUACAAAGGCGAGGGACAAUACAUUGGUUUCGCUCACGAGAGAGUUGGCGAUGUGGCUGCUGGGGACACCAAGAUACGGCAAGGACAUUGGUGUCAAUGUCUGGGUGGACUCGAAGCUGAGGAAGAGUAAGAGAUUUGAUGCGGACGGACUUGUGAAGAGUGAUGAGAGGUUUAAAGAUAUGCUACGGUUCUGGACGCCCGCGCUUUGUUUGGAGCAGCCAGAGCUGUUCGACCUGGUCAUCACGCUCGGUGGCGAUGGCACCGUCCUCUUCACUUCUUGGCUCUUUCAGCGGAUCGUCCCACCUGUGCUGGCUUUCUCCCUCGGAUCUCUCGGCUUCCUCACAAACUUCGACUUUGAGCAAUACAAACAGCAGCUGAACCAUAUCAUGGGAGACGCUGGCAUGCGUAUCAACAUGCGUAUGCGCUUUACCUGUACCGUCUACCGCGCCGCUGCCUCAGUGCUCACAAACACCGCACAGUCUUCCUCCGCCAGCCUAUCUACUUCGAUGGCAGGCGGUCCACCAACCCGGACCAAUACAAAUGAGCUCGAGUCUACGAAGAUCGAGGGCGAGACGCACGAAGUGCUGAACGAACUAGUCAUCGAUCGUGGUCCAUCAUCCUACAUUUCCAGCCUCGACCUCUACGCCAACGACAGUCUCCUCACCCGCAUCUCAGCCGAUGGCAUCAUCCUCUCCACACCAACGGGAAGUACAGCAUACUCGCUAUCCGCUGGCGGAAGCCUUGUCCACCCGGACAUCCCAGCCAUCCUCCUCACACCUAUAUGUCCGCACACAUUGUCCUUCCGACCAAUGCUCCUGAACGACGACAUGGCCUUGAAAGUAAGCAUCCCCUUCUCCGGCCGUGGCGGCGCCUUCGUCUCCUUUGAUGGCAAAGGGCGUGUAGAAUUAGGUCGUGGGGAUGAAGUCGUGGUGCGCGCUUCCGCUUACCCUUUCCCCACCGUCAUGGGCAGGCCACUGGAGUGGUUCGAUAGUAUCAGCCGGACUUUACGAUGGAAUACGCGGGCUGCGGAGCAGAAGGGGUGGGCAGGUGGUGCUGCGGGACAUGGCGAGGGUGAUGGGGCGGAUAUUCUUGAUGAGGGGGAGAGGGAGAAGGAGUUUGAUAUUGAUUUUGCGGAGGAGGAGGCGGCGGUGGCGGCGAGUCGGGAUAGUGGGUAUGGAGGUGCUUCGAGUGAGGAGGACGGGAGGGGAGAGAAGAAGGGUGGGUGGCGGUAG